UUGCUUGCAUCUUUAGUUUUUACUUCUUUUUUGUUUUUCUGUUCAAUUAUCAGAGUAAAAGCCUCUUCUUUUAUAUGAAAUAAUGAUGCUUUUCUCAGCUUCAUUCUCAUCAUUUCCACAUAAUUCACUUACUAUAUGAUUGGAAGUUCUUUUAUGUAUUGGCUAUGCAGUCUGUUUUUCCAAAGAAAGGGUAUAUUGAAGAAAAAGGUCACAGCUUUGGAUCAAUGGGUGGGAAGAGAUCCGUAGUAUGGUGCUUGAAUUUGGAGAUCUCGGUGUGGUUUCUGUUAAUUUUUGCUGUUCAACUUUCACAUGAAACUGACCCUGGAGAUGUUGCUGCAAUUAAUGCUUUUCAUGCUGCCAUGGGAUCGCCUUCCCUUCCUGGGUGGGGUAUCAGUGGAGAUCCGUGUGAUGGACAAUGGCAAGGGGUCGUAUGCAAUGAUACAAAUAUAUUAACCAUUAAAUUGAAUGUUGCUAACUUGGGAGGUGAAUUAGGGGAUAGCUUAGCAGGAUUUUCUUCUCUCCAAACGAUAGAUCUGAGUAACAAUCAAAUUGGCGGAACCCUCCCAUCCAAUCUGCCAGUUACAUUGCAGAAUAUUUUUCUUUCAGAUAAUGAGUUGAUGGGAAGUAUCCCUAGUUCUUUAUCUUCCUUAAAUCAGCUGUCAGCAAUGUCUCUCAAUGGAAAUCAACUGAGUGGAGAAAUUCCUGAUUCCUUUCAAGGCCUUACAGCAUUGGUUAAUCUUGAUUUGUCAAGUAACAAUUUAAGCGGAGCUUUGCCGUCAUCAGUAGGAAACUUGUCCUCCUUGACCACUCUACGUUUGCAGAAUAACCAGCUUUCUGGAACUCUUGAUGUUUUACAAGAUCUUCCCCUCGCAGAUUUGAAUGUGGAAAACAACCUGUUUUCUGGGCCCAUACCUCAGAAGUUGUUUUCUAUUCCAAAUUUCAAAAACGAUGGAAAUCCUUUCAACAGUAGUACUGCUCCUUUGCCUCCGCCCACUUCUUUAGCAGCACCCCCUCCAGCAGGACUAGCACCACCCUUUUUUAAGCCUCCAACUCCGGCGCAGACACCACCAACUUCUGGAAGAAAACCUGGAAAACAGGCUGAUGGACCAACAGCAACUGCAGAAUCCAGCUCAAAAGGAAGCAAAAAGUCCAUUAAAAGGGUAGUCUGGAUAUCCGUUGUAGCAGUUUUGUCAUUUAUAAUAUUGGUUAUAGCAAUCCUGCUCUUCCUGCCAAGAUGCCUUAAGGAUAGGCAAGAGAGUAAUUGGUCCAGACGGCAUGAAGUAGCUCCUUUUGUGGGGUCCAGGGAGAAUCGUAGAGAUAAUGGUUCAUUGGUCCAACUUGGACAUGAUGUAGAGAAAGCUCCUCCUCUAGUAAGGCCAAAGGAAGAGCAACAACCAAGAAGACCGGCUCGCGCUCCCAUGCCAGAGCAUGAGCAGGAGGUAAAUGUGCAAAGCAUGAGUGCAGUGCCAAAGAAGGAUACUGGUGAGAUAAACCUAAGCAGAAUUGAUAUUGAUCUGUUGGCGCCGCCACCACCCCCUCCUCCACCCCCUCCACCGCCACCGCCACCGCCACCCCCUGCACAAGAGAGAGUUAUUGUGAAGCCAAUUUCACCUGCUGAAGAUAAUGCCAUGAAGUUUCCAACCAGGCCACUUCCACUAACUUCUGUGAGAUCUUACACAAUCGCAUCUCUUCAGCAAUACACCAACAGCUUUUCUCAAGAUAAUCUGAUAGGAUCAGGAAUGCUGGGAACUGUUUACAGGGCAGAGCUUCCAAAUGGAAAGUUACUUGCAGUCAAGAAGCUGGACAGAAGAGUUUCCAAUCAACAGAAGGAUGAUGAGUUUCUUGACCUUGUAAACUUGAUUGACGGAAUUCGUCAUGCUAACGUUGUCGAGUUGAUGGGCUAUUGUGCGGAGCAUGGUCAAAGGCUUCUGGUUUAUGAGUAUUGCGGUAGUGGAACACUACAAGACGCACUGCACUCUGAUGAUGAGUUCAAGAAACUUCUUUCAUGGGAUACCCGGAUCAGGAUGGCUCUUGGAGCUGCAAGAGCCUUGGAGUAUCUCCAUGAGGUCUGUGAGCCACCUAUUAUUCACAGAAACUUCAAGUCUGUCAAUCUUCUCCUUGAUGAUGAGUUGGCUGUGCAUGUCUCUGAUUGUGGUUUAGCUUCACUGAUAUCAUCAGGUGCUGUGAGUCAGUUGUCAGGACAACUUCUUACAACCUACGGCUAUGGUGCCCCAGAAUUUGAGUCAGGGAUUUACACUUCUAUGAGUGAUGUUUACAGUUUUGGCGUGGUGAUGCUGGAACUCUUAACAGGCAGAAUGUCAUAUGACCGAACUCGAAGUCGGGGAGAGCAAUUCUUGGUCAGAUGGGCAAUCCCUCAGCUACAUGAUAUUGAUGCCUUGACGAGGAUGGUUGAUCCUUCGCUCAAGGGAAAGUACCCACUUAAGUCAUUAUCACAUUUUGCUGACAUAAUAUCCCGCUGUGUUCAGGCCGAACAAGAAUUCCGGCCACCAAUGUCAGAAGUUGUUCAAGACCUCAUACAAAUGAUUAGAAGAGAAUCUCCAAGUAGAUCCGAUGAAGAAUGACUUGAACUAGACAUGCAUUCUAUAGCAGAUUCAGCCGCGGUGUGACCAAAACUUCAAGAUUUUUUACUUCGUAAGAAAUUUAACUCGAGCUGAGAUACUUGGACUCAAGAUUUUGGGACUGUAGAUGUCGUGCCCUGCAACCAGAAAUUCAUACCUCAGAGACAAAAGGCAGGCUAGAACAGCGUGAUUUCAGACCAACACAGCUCGGUUAUCCUGAUUCUUAGUACAAUUUUUUGCAAUCAUUCUAAUGUUCAUUUAGGCUAAACAGAAGCCAUAAUGCAUAAAAAUGCACUAACCCCAUUGUUUAAGAGCUUAUUUGUUAUGGUUGUUAAUUGGUAUAUCUGAAGUUGUAAAUCUUUAUUUGUUCUGCUGUACAUUUCAUUUGUUUGUACAAGAAUAUUCUUCACCCUUUCAACAUGGACUUGCUGUAACACUUUCUUCACAGGUAUUCAAUUGUGCAAUGAUGGAUAUGGUCAAUGGAUAAUCACUUUAAGGU